AUGGACAUCUCUCCCCCUCCAAGCACGGCGAGAGAAAGAAGUAAGGAGGCGACAGCACCCCUGCCGGAUACUGGCACCCAGCGGGACGAAGAGCACCCUGCGGUGAAGCCGGUAGAGCUCAAGGAUAUUGAGUCUCUGCUCAAGGCCCAUCGCAAGGAAACGGACAGGCAGAUGGCUGAAAAGCUGUCUGUCUUUUACGAACAGGUCGUCCAUUGCCUGUCCAUUCGUCCUCCCCUGCGGGGUCAACCGCAGGGAAGGACAGAUGUAGAUGCCACGGCAGAGGCGGGAUGCAGCGGCCUGGCUGCAACCAGUGCAGCAAACUCGCCUGCACCUCCGUCCUCUGCCCCAGCAACUUCCGCAGAGCCCAGUACGGGUCUGCGGAAGAAGAAAAAAAAGAAGAGGAAGAGCAAGAAGAGAGACGGCGGCGGAUCCGGGCCGGGAGAUAAGGAGGCGGCCAAGGCCGCAUCCCAGGCCCCCAAACCCGCGCUGCCCGCUUCCCUGCCAUCAUCCUCCCAACCUUCCGCUCCCUCCACCUCAAAGGACACCUGGUCUCAAGUGGUGGAGCGGAAGAAAAGGAAGCAGAAGCCGGCCCCCCAAACCCCCGCCUCGGCCAAGUCCGGUGGCACCAGAGGGGGAAAAGGACCGACCAAACCGGGAGCGGGUGCGGCCAAGGCCACCCCUCCCAAGCUGAAGCUGGGAAGACCACCCCGCUCCGCGGCGGUGGUGCUCUCAGCCCCGGAGAGGGCAGCGGAAGGCUUCUUGGCGGAGGUCUUGAAAUACGUCCGAGAGAGGGUGUCUCUCGAGCCCCUCGGUAUUCAAUCUAAUCCUAAAGGUCCCUAG